UAUUUGGAACAUAAUUUAUAUAAAAGUAUUUAUUAUGACAGUUAAAUCCACUAUUAUUUUACUGGUUUAUGCAAAGUCUGCAUUAAUGUGAAGUAGAUUUGCAGUUCCGUGGUAAAGGGAGGAUAUACAUUUCGAUGUUAAUGAGCUCUAUUAAAAAAAUUUGUUAAUACAAAUUGUUAAUUUUUAAGUCCCUUUGACAUUUUUUAAUGUGGUUUGACUGUAAUUUGUUUAAUCUGAUUUAAUUAUUUCAAUAAUAAUUUACUACAUAAUAAUAAAUAGUGAAAUGAGUUAGCCAUUCCAUUUAUUUAUAUUAACCAUUCCAAUUAGAAUUGUUGUGUCCAUUAAAUCAUUUGGAGUCUGUAAUAGAAAUUUUUAAAUAACUUUUAACUCACUCAAGGAAUAUUAAAUAGAACUAAAAAGGAAGAGCAAGAGCAAGGUUUACAAAAAUAUGUCUAUUAACUUUAUUUUGAUAAAUUAUAAAUUACAGAUUUUAAAAAUUAUUUAAUCCAUUUUUACAAAAUAUACGACAUUUAUGUAAUAAAUGACAAAUUAUAAAUGUUCUUUCUUUCAGAUAACUAGGAGAAUAUUAAAAAAUAUUUAAUGCUUUUUUUUUAAAUUUGAAUUAAAUUUAUCUUAAAAUUUUAUUUUUACAGGUAACAAAAGCCAAUAUCCAAUUAAUGAAAAAGCUAAUAUUGAAUGGUUGUGAUAUUCAUCCUGGUGCAAAUUUUAUAGAACAACGUGGUACAAACAUGAAAAGGUAUUUAAGAUAUGGCAAUAGGCAAAAAAUAGCACAAGAAUUAAAGUAUGGUGAUAUAGUUGAACGUCAUUUGAUGGAUGGAGAUGUUGUGUUAUUCAAUCGUCAACCUUCUCUUCAUAAACUGAGUAUCAUGGCACAUAUAGUGAGUAUAUAAAUUUGUGUUUUGAAA